AUGAGCAGCUACGUAACUCGGGAUGGCGAGCUGCCACAACAGUUCACCGCUGUCGGGACACUAGGUGAUGUAGGCGCCGCUUACGCUGUCUACGAAAAGAACUGGAUCUGUACUGACUGUAGCCAUGAAAAUUAUGCACGUCGUAAGCGUUGUUUCCGUUGUCGUGCACCCAAAGUAGAGCGACCGGACGCUUUCGUGGUAGACAGUCAGGGUGAUCAGCAUUCGUGGCGUGAAGCGCUGGACUCGGUAUCGAAUAAGAUUUAUUACUACAAUAUGGAGACGAAUCAGACACAAUGGGAACGUCCGGUUGAAAUGGGUGCAGCACCACAUGCCACAGGCUGGUUUGGUCGUGGUAAAGCUGGUGUGAACGAGGGCGACCGGUACGAGAAAUUAAACGCCUUGUUCCUGUCAAGACCUGCACGGAAACAACUGGAUGUGAUGCCGACAGCUAAUUCACAGCUGGAAGGCGCAUAUGAGUACAAUAUCUGGUACGACAAGUACGUGGGGGACCACUGGAACGACUCGAGGGGCAAGGAACCGGCCGCCACGCGCUGUGUUUUAGAGCUGGAUGCAGGCAAGACUAAGGCUGAUAUGGUGAGUAAAGCCAAUCGAUAUUUCUGCGUGCAUUUCGCACGUGGGAUGUGUGCCCGAGGAGCAGAAUGCAACUAUUAUCAUCGACUACCAGCUGCAGCCGAUGAGACAAGGAUCGGCAUGAUGCACGACUGCUUUGGACGGGAACGUCAUGCAACGGAUCGAGAUGAUAUGGAUGGAGUGGGAAACUUUACGCGCAACUCCCGUACUCUUUAUGUGGGUGGACUGAAGACCACGAGUGGACGGGAAGCACUACAGCUACAGGAAAAGGCGCUUGCGAAGCAGUUUGGCGAGUGGGGUGAAGUGGAGAACAUUAAUGUGAUCCAUCGCAAAUCUAUCUGCUUUGUGCGUUACCGUCAUCGAACGAGUGCGGAAUUUGCAAAGGAAGCGAUGGCGAACCAGUCGCUACAAAGUGAUGAAGUGUUAAACUUGCGCUGGGCUUUUGAUGAUCCCAACCCCGUAGCAAAACAGGCAGGAGAGCGUGCGGAUAAAGAUGCUAUUAUUGCUAUGAUGCAGGCUAAGGGCGCAACUACGACGGAAGAUGCGGCUUUUGACUACCCAGAGCAGUACCAUAUGCCAGCAAGCAAGCGUCAGCGUAUCGAGGGUGUCACGGUUGCGUCGUAUCCUGACACGGAUACGCAGUUUACUACUGAUGAGAAUUCAACUGCUGCUGCUAGUAUUGCUACUGCCUCUGAAGAAGAAUUGUAUGCGCAGCUGAGCUACGCCAACCCGAGUGGCGAGGUCUCGACGAAUCAACUUGACGAAGAAGAUAAACAGGAGUAG